AUGGCAUCCGUCAACGGCGAAGCAGGUCCUCCUCCGCCCGAUCCCGAGAAUCCCACCCUGCGCACGAGAUGGGCUACUCGCAAAAUGACGAUCAAGAGCAGUAGCAAGAAGAGGCUCUCUCUAAUGAACCGCGCCCACCACAAGAAGAAGAACAGUGAAAAGAGUCGCAGCUCAGGCGGCGGCGACUCGUUACAGACAGAUCACACGGCUGCCGAGCAGGACGACGGCCAUGGCGGUCGUAAAUUAUUCUUCAACCUCCCUUUGCCCCCGGAACUCAAGGAUGAGGAGGGCCAUCCCUCACAGCACUUCACGAGGAACAAGAUUCGCACCGCCAAGUAUACACCCCUUAGCUUUGUUCCGAAAAACUUGUGGUUCCAGUUUCAAAACAUUGCCAACGUUUUUUUCCUUUUCCUCGUUAUCUUGGUGUUCUUCCCCAUCUUCGGAGGUGAAAACCCAGGCCUUAGCGCGGUGCCCUUGAUUUUCAUCGUCACCGUCACUGCAAUCAAAGAUGCAAUUGAAGACUACCGUCGAACCGCACUCGAUAUCGAGCUCAAUAACGCUCCCGUCCACCGUCUGCGAGGAUGGGACAACGUCAACGUGGAGGAGGACAACAUUUCUCUGUGGCGACGCAUCAAGAAGGCCAAUUCUCGUUUCUUCGGCAUGAUCUGGCACACUAUCGAGAGUCUCUGGUCCAAGAAGGCGAGGGAGGAAAUGGCGAGACGCAGAGCUCCGCAAGCAUCAGCAGACGCGCCACGACCAUCGAUCGAAACCCACGCACCACGCGAUUCCUACCACUCACCCAGAUCCGCUCGGGAUUCCUUCGUUUCUGCUAGGGAGGACAUCCAAAUGACGCCUGUUCCUUCUCCUCAGCCGCGCCAAAAUCUCGACGUACCGAAGCCCGAGGACCACCUUCGAGCGAGGGAGAUGAUGCAACGCAAGGGCGAUGUUUUGAACCGUAAUCUGCCCACAAAGGGCGAAGCUCGAUUCCACAAGGACGCUUGGAAGGACCUCAGGGUCGGAGAUUUCGUGAGAAUUUACAACGACGAUGAACUUCCCGCCGACAUCAUCGUUUUGUCAACCUCGGACCCCGACGGAGCCUGUUACGUCGAGACCAAAAACCUCGAUGGUGAGACCAACCUCAAGGUUCGACAGGCACUUCGUUGCGGCAAGUCGCUCAAGCACGCCCGCGACUGUGAACGGGCCCAAUUCUGGAUCGAGAGCGAGCCUCCUCAACCUAACCUUUACAAGUACAACGGUGCUAUCAGAUGGCAUCAGACCUUCGACGGUGACACGGAACCCGAGCUCAUGACCGAGCCCAUGACCAUUGACAACAUGCUUCUUCGAGGAUGCAAUUUGAGGAACACCGAAUGGGCCCUCGGCGUCGUCGUUUUCACGGGACACGACACCAAGAUCAUGAUCAAUUCUGGUAUUACACCCAGUAAGCGCCCCAGAAUUGCGCGCGAGAUGAACUUCAACGUCAUUUGCAACUUCGGCAUCUUGUUCCUCUUGUGUUUGUUGUCGGCCCUUAUCAACGGUGCUGCCUGGGCAAAGACCGACGCCUCUUUGUAUUUCUUCGACUUCGGAUCCAUAGGAGGCAGUGCGCCCAUGUCGGGCUUCAUUACCUUCUUCGCCGCCAUCAUUGUGUUCCAGAACCUGAUUCCUAUCGCUCUCUACAUCACCCUCGAAAUUGUCCGACUACUCCAGGCUAUCUUUAUCUACAGCGACAUCGAGAUGUAUUAUGAGAAGCUCGACCAACCCUGCAUUCCGAAGUCUUGGAAUAUUUCCGACGAUGUUGGCCAGAUCGAAUACAUCUUUUCCGACAAGACUGGCACGCUGACCCAGAAUGUCAUGGAAUUCAAGAAGGCAACUAUCAAUGGCCAGCCAUAUGGAGAGGCAUACACAGAGGCACAGGCUGGAAUGCAAAAACGAUUGGGCGUAGAUGUGGAAAAGCAGGCUGCUGAAGCUCGAGCCGAGAUUGCGGACGCCAAAAUCCGAGCUGUCGACAGUCUCAGGAACCUCCACGACAACCCGUACUUGCACGACGACGAUGUUACAUUUAUCGCUCCUGACUACGUUUCCGACCUGGCCGGCGACUCGGGAGAAGAGCAACAGAUGGCCAACGAACACUUUAUGCUCUGCCUCGCCCUUUGCCACACUGUCAUCGCCGAAAAGGUACCCGGUUCACCUCCGAAAAUGAUUUUUAAGGCUCAGUCUCCCGAUGAGGCCGCUCUGGUCGCCACGGCUCGCGACAUGGGCUUCACCGUUUUGGGCAGUACCUCCGAGGGCAUCAAUCUCAAUGUGAUGGGCGUCGAUCGUCACUAUCCUAUUCUUAACACCAUCGAAUUCAACUCGAGCAGAAAGCGAAUGAGUGCCAUUGUGCGCAUGCCCGACGACCGCAUUCUUCUCAUCUGCAAGGGUGCGGACAGUAUCAUCUACUCGCGCCUCAAGCGAGGUGAGCAGCAAGAAUUGCGUAAGAUUACCGCUGAGCACCUUGAAAUGUUCGCCCGCGAGGGUCUGCGGACGCUUUGCAUUGCUCAGCGUGAGCUCACCGAGGAUCAAUAUCAAAAGUGGCAAAAGGAGUAUAACGCUGCGGCAUCCGCUUUGGAAAACCGUGAGGAGAAGAUGGAGGAGGUUGCCGACCAGCUUGAGCGUGAUCUGACCUUGCUUGGAGGCACGGCGAUCGAGGACAGGUUACAAGACGGUGUUCCUGACACCAUUGAACUGCUCGGCGACGCUGGUAUCAAGCUGUGGGUUCUCACUGGCGACAAGGUCGAGACCGCUAUCAACAUCGGCUUCUCAUGCAACCUUUUGAGCAACGACAUGGAAUUGAUUCAUCUCAAGGUUGAGGAGGAUGAGACCGGCGAGACACCUGAUCACCACUUCCUUGGUCAACUUGAACAGGAGCUCGACAAGUAUCUGGAAGUCUUCGGCAUGAAGGGCGACGACGACGACCUUGCCAAGGCGAAGAAGAACCACGAACCACCUGGCCCGACCCACGGUCUCGUCAUCGAUGGCUUUACGCUGAAGUGGGUUCUCCAUGAUGCUUUGAAGCAGAAAUUCCUACUUCUCUGCAAGCAAUGCAGAUCAGUCCUCUGCUGCCGUGUGAGCCCUGCCCAGAAGGCCGCCGUCGUCUCUAUGGUGAAGCACGGCCUCAACGUCAUGACACUGUCCAUUGGAGACGGAGCCAACGACGUCGCCAUGAUCCAAGAGGCGGACGUGGGUGUUGGUAUUGCUGGCGAAGAAGGUCGACAAGCCGUUAUGUCAUCGGAUUACGCCAUUGCCCAGUUCCGCUUCCUUCAACGCUUGGUUCUCGUCCACGGCCGUUGGUCGUACCGCCGCCUGGGAGAAACUGUCGCCAACUUCUUCUACAAGAACGUCGUGUGGGUUUUGGGUAUCUUCUGGUACCAGAUUUACUGCGACUUCGAUGUUACGUACAUCUACGAGUACACUUACAUUCUCACCUUCAACCUUCUCUUCACCUCAGUUCCGGUCGUCAUUAUGGGUGUGUUGGAUCAGGACGUUUCAGACAAGGUCUCUCUGGCCGUGCCUCAGCUCUACCGCCGAGGCAUUGAGCGUUUGGAAUGGACGCAGACCAAAUUCUGGAUGUACAUGCUUGAUGGCGUUUACCAAUCUGUCAUGGUAUUCUACAUUCCAUACCUCACGGUGGUAGGCACCAGCUUCGUCACCAAGAACGGCUUGAACAUCGAGGACCGGACAAGACUCGGCGCAUAUAUCGCACACCCUGCCGUCGUCACAAUCAACGCCUACACCAUCAUGAAUACUUACCGUUGGGAUUGGGUUAUGAUCCUUAUCGUCGUUCUCAGUGACUUGAUGAUCUUUAUCGUCACUGGCAUCUACACCGCCACGGAGUCAUCGAUGUUCUUCUAUCAGGCUGCCCCCCAGAUCUAUGCUCAGGCGUCCUUCUGGGCAGUCUUCUUCAUCGUUCCCGUCAUCUGCCUGUUCCCCCGAUUCGCGAUCAAGGCGAUCCAGAAGGUCUACUUCCCUUACGACGUCGACAUCAUCCGUGAGCAAGAGCGGCAAGGCAAGUUCUCCCGUCUCACACAGGGAGACGAGGCAACGGUUGUUGGAGAAGAAGCGGCGAGCAAGACGCCGUCAAACUCGUCAGUUAGCUCGCGUAAGGGUAAGCACAUACACUACGCCAGUGUGGAUGAAGACAGAAGGCCAAUCUAUCCACCUUCAGUUGCAACACACACGACGCACAACCCACGGAGUCAAAACGGAAGCGACGGGACCAAUUACACGGGUCAUCGGCAGUCGAUGGACAUGGUGCAAACGCAAUCGCUCGAUAUGACACCACCGAUGCGGCCCUCAUUCGAUCGAGUACGCCCCUCUUACGAUCGAGCCCGACCGUCCUACGACCGAAUGCGAUCUUCGAUGGAUCGCACCCGGGCGAGCUUCGAGGCGAGCAGCGAUUUCACCUCGGCGGCUCGUCUCUCACGAAUAGAGUCUAGCCAAUCAUACAGCGACCGAUUCCAUCCGAGACGGCUCAGAGGUCUGUCGUUGACAAAGAGCAACAACAUAUAG